CAAACCACAAAAAUAUGCGGUAGAUUUCCAUUUUUUAUGAUAUUCUUUUAAGUCUCAUCUCUAUAAAUUCUUCUUUAGAAACUUUUCUUCAUUGUCAAGAACUUCCGAUAUUCACGUUCCCUUUUCCAUUCACAGAUCUUUGUUGUUGAACCUGCUGCAUCUAUGACUACGGCUAAUGGUAAUGCUCCACAAGUGGCCAACAAUGGCGAUGCAGGCAAACCCUUCAACAUUUUCAUUGGUUAUGAUCCGCGUGAAGAUGUAGCAUAUGAGGUAUGUCACCAUUCUAUCCUGAAACGUACUUCCAUUCCUGUUGAGAUCACACCCCUUGUUCAAUCAGAUCUUAGGCAGAAAGGCCUUUAUUGGCGCCAAAGGGAUCAGUUCGAGAGCACCGAGUUCUCCUUCUCGCGGUUCCUAACACCCCACUUGGCGAAUUAUGAAGGCUGGGCAAUGUUUGUUGACUGUGAUUUCCUUUACUUAGCUGAUAUCAAGGAGUUAAAGGAUUUGGUUGAUGACAAGUACGCAGUCAUGUGUGUUCAUCACGAUUAUUCCCCGAAAGAGAAAACAAAGAUGGAUGGUGCUGUGCAGACUGUUUAUCCCAGGAAGAAUUGGUCUUCUAUGGUGCUAUAUAAUUGUGGUCAUCCAAAGAACAAAGGGUUGACACCAGAGGUUGUCAACAACCAAACCGGCGCUUUUCUUCACAGGUUCCAGUGGCUCGAAGACAGUGAAAUCGGGUCGGUCUCGUUUGUUUGGAAUUUCCUCGAGGGGCACAACAAGGUCGAUGGGAACAACCCCAAUACGUUUCCGAAAGCCAUACAUUAUACUCGCGGAGGACCAUGGUUCGAGGCAUGGAAGAAUUGUGAGUUUGCUGAUCUUUGGCUGAAAGAGAUGGAAGAGUGCAUGAAAGAAAAUAAAUCGAAUUCGAGUUAAUUGAACUCUAAACAUGGUUCAGUUGUAUUUUCUAGUAUCUGCUCAACUACAAUGCCAAUUAAUUCUUGCUGCAGUAUUAUUAUUAUUAUGAUUUCUAGAUAUUGAUUUUUUAUUGUGAAUCCUAGAGCUAAAUAUGCUUUAGGGAAGAGGUGAUUUUCUCUAUGGUAUUAUAUCCCAUAAGUGUUUGCAGGCUAUAUAGUAAUGCCUCGUAUAUGUAUUUUUCAAUGAUUUAUUUGUUCAUCUAACCAAUGAAAUGAUCCCUUGAUAUG